UGCACGUUUAGGUGCGUAUGGAGUCAGACUUCAGACAGAGAAAUAAUCAUCACCAGGCCAAUUCCCGCAUGUGCUUCAACGUGAUAGUUGCAAGGGAGACGUUUUCGUUUGCGUAAUAAUCCAAUUGUUCGUUAUUAUUGCUGUGUUCCAUCAAAGAAAUGCACACAGUCGGUGAUGCUACGUCGAGUGUCCCAGCUUUUUUGGGCAAACUUUGGAAAUUGGUCGAGGAUCCAUCGACGAAUCAUCUCAUCAGCUGGAACUCGAAUGGCUUGAGUUUUACAAUCAGAGAUCAGGCACGAUUUGCCAGAGAACUUCUUCCACUUUAUUACAAACACAAUAACAUGGCCAGUUUUGUUCGUCAAUUGAAUAUGUAUGGAUUUCACAAAGUUGUGUCAGUUGAUUCUGGAGGACUCAAAGUCGAUAAGGAUGAGAUGGAGUUUGCACACAUGUAUUUUCUUCAAGGGCAAGAAUUUUUGCUUGAGCACAUAAAGAGGAAGAUACCCAUCAGUAAGCAAGAAGAAACAAAACAUCCCAAGCCUGAAGUGCUUUCAAGGGUCUUGGCUGAUGUCCGCAGUAUGAAAGGUAAACAAGAAAACGUGGACUCCCGUUUGAAUACCAUGAAAAGGGAAAAUGAAGCAUUGUGGAGAGAAGUUGCUUCACUUCGUCAAAAACACAUGAAACAACAGCAGAUAGUCAAUAAGCUGAUUCAGUUUCUCAUUAGUAUUGUACAGCCUAAUGGGCGUGCAGGACUGGGACUGAAAAGAAGGUAUCCAUUGAUGCUGGGAGAAGGUAUUCGUUCAACAAACUCCUCUACUCCUGCAAAAGGUACAGAGAGAAAAAGAGAGGAGAAACUCAAUUAUGAGAGUCUGAAAGAUUUGGAUGAAUCCGAGGCUAAUGACAUCCCUACCAUAUCUAUUAUACCGUCGCCAAAAGGACCCAUUAUACAUGAUGUCACUGAUAUUGACGAAGGUAGUACUGCUGACCUUAUUGCAAACUCUAACGAUUUGGACACAGAGCAAUUGGAGGAGGUUGCCGAGGUCGAAUCCGAUGGGAAACCUCUCGAAGUGUUUUUUCCGAUGGCGCAAAUUUCCGAAUUGCCCGUUUCAGUUGAUUCGGUUGAGCAGGCAGAUGAGGUGCCAGCCGAAGAGGAGGAAAUUCUUGAAGACGACUUGAACACCGAACAACCAGAUUUCAACACAAUGGUCCAGAUGGAGGCCGGAACAUCCAAUGGAGGUUCUGGGAUUCUAGACAGGUCUGCCAUGACUAGUCCUUUAAGCCCCGACUUGUUGAUGGCAGUGGAUCCACGCGAAGUCAAUUCGGGCGCUUUGCUCACUUUUGAAGAAAAUCGAAAGGAGAAAGCCAACGGUCGCGGCAAAUCGGUCGUUAAAAACCAAGAUAGAACGGUGGUAUCCGAAAAUCCCAGCGUUUUGGAAAGCAGAGAGGAGUUGGACAGCCACUUGGACACGAUGCAGGUCGACUUGGAACAACUUCGUGAAGUCUUGAGUCUACAGGGAAAUCCACUUGAUGCCUCUACGUUGCUUGGGGUAUGUGAUUCACUCGGUCUGAAUUUCGAACCGACGUUAGAUUCAUGUAAUUGGGCGGGUUAUCCGGCGACCUGGAAUCGGAGGGGAAUACCUCCUGACAGUUCGCCGUCACUUACUUCACUACUAGAACACCAGAUGCUGCCAAAGCUUUUUAGUGCGGAUGACAGUCUACCCAGCAACAGCUAUUUGUCGAUGGACAUGGACAUGUUUAAAAAUCCGUCACAGGGUGCCAUUCUUGGUAAUGAAGUGAUAGCUUAUAACGAUGCCUCGUUUUUCGAAAUGGUCGAAGACUACGGCGACGGUCACUUGGAUGAUCGAACUGCUCGAGACCUGGCUGAUGAGGCCGACGUGAAAGAAACGGCCGACCUGUUUGACCUGCUGGACGAUCCUUCCCAAGCGACGGUAUCCUCAGCUAAGAAGAAGAAGAGAAAUUGAAUCCAGCCAUGUAUGAAAGGAAGAGAGGAAAACAUCAAGUGAGAAAGAUAGGCUGCAACCGCUUCGCUUUAUUUCGGCGUGUCCUAUUUCUCCCAAUUUGAAAAAAAAAAGAAAGAAAUACCUCUCUUUUCUUAAUGAUAUAUAAUUUUAUGUGUGUGUUAACGUCAUUAUCAAACCGACCCUUUUUGUUUCCCCAUCCCAAGUUUUUGCUUUUCUUUUUUGAUUUUCAUUUACUUUUGAAGUAGAAAGCCAAUUCUGAAAGAGAAAUGGAGAUUAGAUUAGUAAGGAUUACACUAGCCACAACAACCCUCCGACUACCCCCUGUGUUAUGUCACGAAGCACAUUUGCCAAAAUUAUUAUUAUGAUAACCA